AUGAAGUUAUUGGGGUCUUUUAUUGUUGCAACUGCCAUCCUCGGCAGGGCCAAUGCAACCCAGAAGCCCUUGACCGAUGAAUACGUCUGCGAGCACCCUCCAUACACCGUCUCGUUGGUGUCCAAGUCGCCGCUGGUUGCAUAUCUUCACAAUUUCAUCACCCCAAGUGAGAGGGCCCACCUGCAAGAAGUGACCAAGGAUAGCUUCUCCCGCUCCGGAGUCACGGGCGCCGAUGGAGAGCACUCAGUGCGGACGUCACAAUCCACAUCCGUGACACCAGACGAUGUUGUCCGGUGCAUCGAGGACCGGGCACUUGGCUUCCAAGGCUACGAUGUCCAGCGUAGCCAUGUUGAGCCCUUACAACUGGUCAAGUACGGCACGGGGCAGCGAUAUCAUUUCCAUACCGAUUGGUUCACCGACCCUGCACAUGCCGCAGCAGACCUGGGCGGAAACCGAGUGUCGUCCUUCUUCGCCUACGUGCACGUGUCGAACGACACAACAGGGGGAGGGACAAACUUCCCGAUGCUGGACGCUCCGAGAGAUUCUCGUUGGUGUGCCACACUGGACUGCGAUGAGCCGUACGAGAACGGGGUGACCUUCAGGCCCAUCGAGGGCAACGCGGUGUACUGGGAGAAUCUGUUCCCGAACGGCAUGGGUGAUGAGAGGACGCUACACGCCGGGUUGCCGGUGACGACGGGGCAGAAGACGGGCAUGAAUAUCUGGACAAGACAGGGGCCGCUCAGCGAGGAGUUCAGAGGGGGCAAAUGA